AUGGGCCUUUUCAAGAAUGCCAUUUGUUUGGCUAUACUUGUUCUGUUAGUGGGAAACUCGUCAGCUCAACUUUCCACUAAUUUUUACUCAAAAUCUUGUCCAAAACUUUUUUCCACAGUCAAAUCCGCUGUGAACUCUGCAAUAUCGAAAGAGGCUCGAAUGGGCGCCUCUCUCCUACGCUUAUUCUUCCAUGAUUGCUUCGUCAAUGGAUGUGACGGGUCGGUCCUCCUCGACGAUACUUCUUCCUUCACCGGAGAAAAAACAGCAAUUCCAAAUCGUAAUUCUGUCAGGGGAUUUGAUGUUGUUGACAACAUUAAAUCUGCUGUCGAGAAUGCUUGCCCAGGAGUGGUAUCUUGUGCUGAUAUAUUGGCGAUUGCUGCUCGUGACUCUGUUGACACUCUUGGAGGGCCUAAUUGGAACGUAAAACUUGGAAGAAGAGAUGCAAGAACAGCUAGCCGGGCUGCUGCAAACAAUGGCAUCCCCCCUCCAACUUCAAAUCUUAAUGCUCUUACUUCAAGAUUCAGUGCUCUUGGACUUUCUGCCAAGGACCUCGUUGCUUUAGCUGGUUCUCAUACAAUUGGACAAGCAAGAUGCACCAGCUUUAGGGCUCGCAUAUACAAUGAAACCAACUUGGAUGCUUCGUUUGCACGUACUAGGCAAGGAAACUGUCCAAGAGCCAGUGGUUCCGGGGACAACAAUUUGGCCCCUUUGGAUCUUCAGACUCCAACCAAUUUUGACAACAAUUAUUUCAAGAACCUUGUGAAUCAGAGGGGACUCCUCCACUCCGAUCAACAGCUUUUUUUAAGCGGUGGAUCCACCAAUUCAUUCGUUUCAACAUAUGCCAACAAUCCAAACACCUUCAACUCUGAUUUUGCCUCCGCCAUGAUUAAAAUGGGGGACAUCAGUCCCCUCACAGGAUCAAAGGGAGAGAUAAGGAAGAACUGCAGAAGGAUUAACUAA